AUUAAAUGGUGCUUCGCUAGGGCACCCUGGUAGCCAGCACCCUUAUCUCUAUCACACAGCUUCCGGACUCUCGGUGGUUGUUCAGUUGCUCAGUUGUGUUCGACUCUUCAUGACCCCAUGGACUGCAGCAUGUCAGGCUUCCCUGACUUUCACUGUCUCCCAGAGUUUGCUCAAACUCAUGCCCAUUGAGUUGAAGAUGCCAUCCAACCAUCUCAUCCCUGCUCCUCUUACUAUUUAUUAAAAAAUAAAAUCAUUUUUACUCUUUCCCGACUGGCAGACCUCUUCCAGUUACUGGGAAAAACUCAAGAGGGCAGAGCAGGGACACAGGUUUCAGUUCCAUUCAAGGAAGAUCUUCCUUCCAGUCAGGAAGAUUGACAAGUUGACCUCAAAAGGUGGUGAGGCUUCCGUCCCUAGAGGUUUGCAAGUCGAGGCCAGAGGAGCAUGGAGUAGCAGACAUGGAAGAAUUCAAGCAUCCACUGACAAUAUUCUUGGGUUCCCUGGGUCCUACAAGUGGAUGGUUUCGUGGUGGGAAUUGCACCGGCAUCUCACCGGCUCUGUUGUAAGUCACAUUUUCAUCCUCUGCUACUUCCUGCCUGUUCCAUUAGGGGUUAGUUCGAACUCAGUCAAAACAAGGCAGGCACAUUUUUCUCCCAUGGGGCAACAGGGCAGUGAGACAGCAGUUCCUGAGCUGGCAUUUAAGUAGUUAGAUAAUUUGCCAGAGUCACAUUCAAGAAAGUGUUAGAACAAUAGUUAAGAGUCUAUCUCUGAGUCUGACAGGGAGUCCUGGGCUUGCAUCCUGCUUUGUUAUGUAGCUGAGUGAUCUUGGACAAGUUACUCAACUUCAGAGUUCCCAGUUCCUGAUUUCAGAGUCCACUGAUGUUUAUGCCAGGCUGUGGCCUCACUAAUUCCCACUAGAAGGUUAGGGAUUCUUGGGAAUUGGAGCUGGGAAGCCAUUGUAACCCAAGGGCUGGGGUUCCUGGGGUUCUCCAGGGAGAUGGAGAAACGCUUGCAUGAAGAUUCUUCUCAGGUUUCAUGGUCAUGUCCUGGGUGGAGGUCAGGGGUCAGAAGGGCUCCAAAGCAGAUUGAGUUCCGGGGAAAGCAGCCCCCUGGCAAAAAAGGCAAAGGACCCAGCUCUGAUGCCAAGUCCCAUGCUCCUGACAGGCUGGGGAGCAGGCUUCCCCAGUCCAGUCCCUCCCAGCCUGCCUACCAAGGACGCCGAGGGACGGGCUCUCUCCGCCGUGUUUGUUCUACACACCCUGACAUCUCUGAAGAUCCCUUCUUCCAAAAGAUCCCCGCAGGGCAGGGCCUGCAAUGCGCUUGGGUCUUAGCUCUGGCCUGGGCACCCAUCUCACGAGUGCCUGCUCUGAGCAGUCCACAGUGGUUGGCUGCCCAGUGGCAGAGGCUGUUCCGGAAGCGGCCUGUCUCAGAGGUUCUGGCGGGAGCGGAGGGAGGGAAGAGGCAGUGUCCCGGGCCGCUAGGGAGCGGUGCUGCCCCAAGGCCGAGGGUGGAGCUUUCCCGGUCGGCCGGGAAAGGGCUGGGCCCGGCCUACAUGUGGGGGCAGGAGACAGCGACGGCCGGCGUUUCGCGGCGGAUCCUGGGUGGUGGGUACUGCUGGCCCGAUGCCUGGGGCCUUCCACGUGACUCUGAACUGCGGAUCACUGGAUGCCCAAGAUUCCCAGGACCCAAUCCCCGAAGUCAGAUCUUCAGGACCUUGCAAGUCAGAGUCCGGAUUUUCGCCCUGCACACCAGAUUCCCAAACGGGACCUCUGGCCAGACUCCUGACCUCCAGAUCCCGCAGGAAAUUCUCGAUCCCGGAAUCUGUUCUCCGCUCCCGUCCCACCCCGGGUGCCCAAAGUCCGGCGCCCGACACCCGAGCGCCCCCGUAUGGCGGGGCCGAGCCCGCGGUCCGGAGCCCUGGAGCGCGCCGGCAGCUGCUGGCAGGACCCGCUGGCCGAGGCGCUGAGCCGGGGCCGGCCGCUCGCGGCGUCCCCGGGUCGGGGCUGUGCGCGAAGCCGGCCGCUCAGCGUGGUCUACGUGCUGACCCGGGAGCCGCUGCCCGAGGCAGAACCCGAGACGGGAGCCGAGGCGGAGCCGCUGCCUCUGCGCUGCCUGCGUGAGGCCUGCGCGCAGCUCCCCGGACCGCGGCCGCGACCUCAGUUGCGCAGCCUGCCUUUUGGAACCCUGGCGCUGGGAGACACCGCAGCGCUCGAUUCGUUCUACAACGCGGACGUGGUGGUGCUUGAGGUGAGCAGCUCCCUGGCGCAGCCCUCCCUCUUCUACCACCUGGGUGUGAGGGAGAGCUUCAGCAUGACCAACAACGUGCUCCUCUGCUCCCAGGCCGACCUCCCUGACCUGCAGGCCCUGCGGGAGGACAUUUUCCAGAAGAACUCGGAUUCCAUUGGCAGCUACACGCUGAUCCCCUAUGUGGUGACAGCCACCGGUCGGGUGCUGUGUGGCGAUGCAGGCCUCCUGAGGGGCCUGGCUGACGGGCUGCUCCAGGCUGGGGUGGGCACAGAGGCCCUGCUCACACCCCUGGUGGGUCGGCUGGCCCGCCUGCUGGAGGCCACGCCCACGGACUCUUGUGGCUACUUCCGGGAGACCAUUCGGCAGGACAUCCGGAGGGCACGGGAGAGGUUCAGCGGGCAGCAGCUGCGGCAGGAGCUGGCUCGCCUGCAGCGGAGACUGGACAGCGUGGAGCUGCUGAGCCCCGACAUCAUCAUGAACCUGCUGCUCUCCUACCGGGACGUGCAGGACUACUCAGCCAUCAUUGACCUGGUGGAGACCCUGCAGGCCUUGCCCACCUGUGAUGUGGCCGAGCAGCAUAAUGUCUGCUUCCACUACACCUUUGCCCUCAACCGGAGGAACAGGCCUGGGGACCGGGAGAAGGCACUGGCCGUGCUGCUGCCACUGGUACAGGUGGAGGGCCCGGUGGCACCUGACCUGUACUGCAUGUGUGGCCGUAUCUACAAGGACAUGUUCUUCAGCUCUGGCUUCCAGGAUGCUGGGCACCGGGAGCAGGCCUAUCACUGGUACCGCAAGGCCUUUGACAUAGAGCCCAGCCUCCACUCAGGCAUCAACGCUGCUGUGCUCCUCAUUGCCGACGGGCAGCGCUUUGAGGACUCCGAGGAGCUCCGGCUCAUAGGCAUGAAGCUGGGCUGCCUGCUGGCCCGAAAAGGCUGCGUGGAGAAGAUGCAGUAUUACUGGGAUGUAGGCUUCUACCUGGGAGCUCAGAUCCUCGCCAAUGACCUCACUCAGGUGGCACUGGCCGCAGAGCAGCUGUACAAGCUCAACGCCCCCAUAUGGUACCUGGUGUCCGUGAUGGAAACCUUCCUGUUGUAUCAGCACUUCAGACCCACACUAGAGCUUCCUGGAGAAGCCCCCCAUGGCGCCCACUUCUGGCUCCACUUCUUGCUACAGUCCUGCCAGCCACUCAAGACGGCUUGUCCCCAAGGGGACCAGUGCUUGGUGCUGGUCCUGGAGAUGAAUAAGGUGCUGCUGCCGGCCAGGCUGGAGGUUCAGGGUACAAACCCAGUGAGCGCGGUGACCCUGAGCCUGCUGGAGCCCAAGAAGCAGGUGAAGUCGCCGGACGUUCCCUCCAGCUGGACCUUCCUGGUGGCCUCCAUCAGCGGCGUCAGCGUCUCGAAGCGGGAUGAACGCUGCUGCUUCCUCUACGCGCCUCCUCCCGCUCAGGACGUCCAGCUGUGCUUCCCCAGCGCCGGACACUGCCAGUGGUUCUGCGGCCUGAUCCAGGCCUUGGUAAAGAGUCCGGAUUCCGGGGCGCCCGCAGAGGAGACGGAGGGCGUUGGGGAGGUGUUGGAGUUUGAUUACGAGUUCACGGAGUCGGGCGAGCGGCUGGUGCUGGGCAAGGGCACGUACGGGGUGGUGUACGCGGGCCGCGAUCGGCACACUCGCGUGCGCAUCGCCAUCAAGGAGAUCCCGGAGCGGGACAGCAGGUUCUCUCAGCCGCUGCAUGAAGAGAUAGCUCUGCACAAACGCCUACGCCACAAGAACAUCGUGCGCUAUCUGGGCUCCGUCAGCCAGGGCGGCUACCUCAAGAUUUUCAUGGAGGAAGUGCCUGGAGGCAGCCUGUCCUCCUUGCUGCGGUCAGUGUGGGGACCCCUGCAGGACAACGAGAGCACCAUCAGUUUCUACACCCGCCAGAUCCUGCAGGGACUCAGCUACCUGCACGACAACCACAUUGUGCAUCGAGAUAUCAAGGGGGACAACGUGCUGAUCAACACCUUCAGCGGGUUGCUCAAGAUUUCUGACUUUGGCACCUCCAAGCGACUAGCAGGCAUCACACCCUGCACUGAGACCUUCACAGGGACCCUACAGUAUAUGGCCCCAGAAAUCAUUGACCAGGGCCCACGAGGUUAUGGGAAGGCAGCAGACAUCUGGUCACUGGGCUGCACAGUCAUCGAGAUGGCCACAGGUCGCCCGCCCUUCCACGAGCUAGGGAGCCCGCAGGCUGCCAUGUUUCAGGUGGGCAUGUACAAGGUGCAUCCGCCAAUGCCCAGUUCUCUGUCAGCUGAGGCUCAAGCCUUCCUCCUCCGAACUUUUGAGCCCGACCCCCGCCUCCGAGCCAGUGCUCAAGCGCUGCUGGCGGACCCCUUCCUGCAGCCUGGGAAGAGGAGCCGCAGCCCUGGCUCCCCCAGACAGGCUCUAAGGUCCUCAGAGGCGCCAUCCGCCAGCCCUGCUCCUUCAGCGGACUCCACCUCGCAGUCCCAGACAUUCCCCCGCCCUCAGGCACCCUCUCAGCACCCUCCCAGUCCCCCUAAGCGCUGCCUCAGUUAUGGGGACGCCAGCCAGCUCCGGGUGCCCGAGGAGCCUGGGGCUGAUGAGCCCGCGUCCCCUGAGGAGAGUUCGGGGCUGAGCCUCCUGCAUCAAGAGAGUAGGCGCCGGGCCACGCUGGCCACGGUACUGGAGCAGGAGCUGCCGGCCCUGGCGGAGAGCCUGCGCCUGGAGCAGGAACAGGGUCCCCGUCUGGAGAGGAGUCAUGUGGAACAGCUACUGCUCUGCCUCAGGGCGCACAUCCACACUCCCAACCGUCGGCAGCUGGCCCAGGAGCUGCGGGGACUGCAAGAGCAGCUUCGGGCUCAAGGCCUUGAGCCCGAGCUUCUGCAAGGACCACUCUUCGCCUUCCCGGAUGCGGUGAAGCAUGUCCUCCGCAGGCGCCAGAUCCGCCCACACUGGAUGUUCGUCUUGGACUCGCUGCUCAGCCGCGCUGUGCGGGCAGCCCUGGCCGUGCUGGCCCCAGAGGCGGAGAAGGAGGCGGUCCCACCGAAGUCGGAAGAGGCCAAUAACACAGAGGAGUCCGAGCCCAAGCAGCAGGAGACCCCAGCCGAGCGGAGCCCUCUCCUGGGGGAACCGGAGCAGGGCACCCCUUCUCUGAUGGUGCAGCUGGGCCUCUUGCGAGCAGAGACCGAUAGGCUUCGAGAUGUUCUGGCUGAGAAGGAAAGGGAAUGCCAGGCCUUGGUGCAACUGGCCCUCCAGCGGGUCAAUGGGGAGGCCAGGACCUGUGCCCUGGCUUCAGACCCCCCAGCAGCUCUCACGGUGGACCAGGGCCUGGUGCAGUGGCUACAGGAACUGAAUGUGGAUUCAGGCACCAUCCAGACGCUACUGAACCACAGCUUCACCCUCCAUGCCUUACUGACCUGUGCCACUAGAGAUGACCUCAUCUACACACGCAUCAGGAGGCUGAAUGAGGACAUCCGAGGCAGGAGGCCAGACCCAAGGAUGGAUGAAUGGAGGAAACACAAGAGGCUUCUGACAUACCUGCCCCAGGACCCAGUGGCAACUGGAGGAGGCCAGGUGGGUGGGGGGUAGGGUAGGGGCCAGGCCUCUAGCCCCAGUGGGGAGAACCAAUCACAGAUGUGCCUCAAGCUCACGAGGGCCACCAGGCAAAGACUAUUAAACAAUA